GCCCAACAAUGGACUCCAGGGCCCAAACAGUUACAAGUUAGAUGGGCCUAUAAGUUUCUCCACACUGCUACCACAUUCAUUCUAGGGUUUCGUUGCCAGCAACUCAUCGGGUUCUAAAAAAUGCCUUCACACAAGACUUUUAGGAUCAAGAAGAAGCUGGGCAAGAAGAUGAGGCAGAACAGGCCAAUUCCUUACUGGAUCCGCAUGAGGACGGACAAUACCAUCAGGUAUAAUGCGAAGCGCAGGCACUGGCGCCGCACCAAGCUAGGGUUCUAAGGUGGAACUAUCUACCUCUCCCAUUCUAGUUUUGUAGUACAAUCUAUGAUAUUCGAAGAUUGUAAAUUCAUUUAUCAGUUUUCAAUUUUCAAUUUUCAAUGAAUCUGUUAUCUUUUUGGUUUGAUAUUUAUGUGAAGCGCACAAUUGUUAUGAUGUUUACAACGUGAUACUUAGGUUAUGAUAUUCAGUUGUCUUGUUUCAUGAUUAUUUAUAAUUUAUAUUUAUGAUACUAUGAAUGUUUGUUGGUGCUGAAUCCCUUAUUUAUAGUUGUUAUGAUGUUUCCUGAAAUUGAAGAUGAUGUGCUUGGUUUUCUAGCUACCCGUUUGUAAUUGAGGAUUUCUAUGUGGGAGGGUUUUAGCAUGGAGAAAGUAUUUUCUGAUCCUUAGGACCAGGAUAGUUUUUAAAUUUUUGUCUAAUUAUGGGGCUGCUUUGUGAUUAUAUUUUUUU